CUUGAAGAGAUUGAGGAGCUUCUUAUUCGGGGUCACACGAAAGACCCUUCGAUGCUCUUGCGCAGUUCAUGGGAUAUUAAUUCUUUCGGAAUCCCUCUUCAUCCUCAACGCUUACUUUUUCUCUUUCCGGCAAUGUCUUUCCUUGCAUGGGUUAGUUAAAGUGCAAUAAUAUAGUUGACGGGGACCAUUCGAAAGCAACACAAACACUUCCUGCCCCCUAUAAUAGCCAGAUGCAGUGCUAUACCGAGCUCCUACCCCCAACUGGGGUCACUCACGCGUUAGCCGUGCCUUUUGUCUCUGCAACGGCCAACAAUCUCGUCGUUGCUCGUUCAUCCCUCCUCCAAAUAUUUUCGCUGCGUACCGUUCCAUAUAAGCCAGAGAACCCAGACGAUCGGCCAGGACAGCAAGGGCAGGAAACAACCAAGCUGGUCUUGGAAAGGCAAUAUCCGCUUUCUGGAACAAUCACUGAUCUUUGUCGUAUCAAGACCCUGAACUCCAAAAGUGGAGGCGAGUCCAUUCUACUUGCCUUUCGAGAUGCUAAACUUAGCUUAAUUGAAUGGGACCCAGAGCGUUAUGGAAUUUCCACUGUUUCUAUUCACUACUAUGAGCGCGAUGAUCUGACCCGCAGCCCGUGGCUAUCUGAUUUGAGCAGCUGUGGUAGUAUCCUGAGCGCAGAUCCAAGUAGUAGAUGUGCAAUAUUCAACUUUGGGGUUAGGAAUCUCGCUAUCAUCCCUUUUCAUCAGCCAGGCGAUGAUUUGGUGAUGGAUGAUUAUGGCUCAGAUAUUGAUGGGGAAAAUCAAGUCAACGAGGGCCCGAAGGAUCGCGACGACGCUAAUAAAACCAAAGAUGGUUCCGUAUAUCAAACACCUUAUGCUUCCUCAUUUGUCCUGUCCUUGACUGCAUUGGACCCUUCAAUUCUUCAUCCGAUUAGCCUUGCAUUCUUGUAUGAGUACCGGGAGCCGACUUUCGGCAUAUUAUACUCUCAGAUUGCAACCUCAAAUUCCCUGCUCCACGAGAGGAAAGAUAUCGUUUAUUAUACCGUUUUUACUCUGGACCUGGAACAACGAGCCUCUACAACGUUGCUUUCUGUUACUAGAUUGCCAAGCGAUUUGUUUAAAGUGGUGGCCCUUCCGCCUCCAGUCGGAGGGUCGCUACUAAUCGGGUCUAAUGGACUCGUGCAUGUUGACCAGGCCGGCAAAACUAAUGCAGUUGGGGUCAAUGAGUUUUCUAGACAAGUUUCUUCGUUCUCCAUGGUUGAUCAAUCAGACUUGGCUCUUCGCCUCGAAAAUUGUGUCGUGGAGCGGAUUUCCGAAACUACCGGAGACCUGAUUCUGGCACUUUCAACAGGGGAAAUGGUCCUAGUUAACUUCAGGUUGGAUGGAAGGUCGGUGUCCGGAAUCUCAGUUCAUAUUCUACCCGACCAAACUAGCGACUGCUUUUUGGCUUCUGCUGCUUCAUCGUCGGCGUUUCUUGGUGACGGAAAGAUCUUCUUUGGCAGUGAAGAUGCGGACUCGGUACUUUUAGGUUGGCCCUGCGCAUCUUCUGGGUCGAAAAAGUCCAGGCCGCAUAUUACCGGCGAGUCUGACACCUUCUCGGAUGAGGAUCAGAGUGAGGACGAUGUUUACGAAGAUGACCUGUAUUCUUCCGCGCCCGAUUCUGCAAUUAACAAUCGUCAUCAUUUACCGGCCAACUCAUCAAUUGCCGGAUUAGGUGACUUACGUGUUCAUGACAAGUUAUCCAGCGGCGGCCCUAUCAAGGCCAUUGCACUGGGAAGGAACUCUGCCAACUCUUCGAAGGGAGAUAAUGAUAUCAAUGAUGCAUCUUCCGAGCUCGAAUUGGUAGCAUCCCAAGGCUUAGAUAAGGGUGGCAGCUUGGUGAUCAUGAGACGAGAAAUUGACCCUUAUAUCCUUUCAUCUGUGGAAACAGAUUCUGCGGACUCUCUCUGGACAGUAUCUCUAACUCGAACAGUAGCCGAUGCCAACGAACACCGUGGUUAUGUCAUAACUUCAAAGCGGAAAAGCGUCGAUAAGGAAGAAUCUGAGAUUUUCUUACUCGAAGACGACCUGAGGCCGUUUAGAGCGCCCGAAUUUAACCCCAAUGAGGAUGUGUCCAUAAAAAUCGGGACAUUAGCAAACAGAAAUCGGGUUGUUCAGGUUUUGAAGAACGAAGUUCGAAGCUACGAUGCUGAUCUGGGUUUGACCCAGAUAUAUCCCGUCUGGGAUGAUGAUAGUAGUGAGGAACGAGUCGCCGUUAGCGCUAGCCUUGCAGAUCCUUACCUGGCGAUUAUACGCGAUGACUCGACACUACUCCUUCUUCAAGCUGAUGAUAGCAAGGACCUUGAUGAAGUGACAGUUCCCGAAGAUAUUGCAGCCCAGAAGUGGCUAUCGUCCUGUUUAUACUCUGAUAAGACCGGGUUUUUCACGUCUCUUGACCCAAGUACAACCAAAUCACCCCAAAGUGAAAUCUUUUUGUUCCUCUUGAGUCAAGACUGUAAACUAUAUAUAUACCGCCUCCCAGAUUAUACAUUGGUUUCAAUAAUGGAAGGGGUCAAUUGCCUUCUCCCUAUUUUGUCGGCCGAAACCCCAAGGCGAUCGGUUAUGCGUGAGACCUUGAUACAAGCGAUUAUCUCUGAUCUUGGAGAUGCCAGCAGCAGCUUUCCCUACUUGAUUCUACGGACUGAAAAUGAUGAUCUUGCGGUAUAUCGACCCUUUUUGACUAGUUCCUCUGAUAAAGAGGUACCAGGCUUGAAGUUUCUAAAGGAAGUAAAUCAUGCCCUUCCGAGCAUUCCUUCUGCCACAACAAAGUUAAACGGACAAUCGGAACCAAAGCCGCUUCGUAUAUUGCCCAACAUUUCGGGCCUCAGCUCGAUAUUCAUGCCCGGAGCAUCUGCAGGUUUUGUUUUCAAAACAUCAUCAUCAUCGCCUCAUUUUGUUCGUUUAAGAGGGGGUUACACGGAGGGGCUUGGUUGUUUCGACUUUCCGGAUAGCCGUUUUGUGUUCCUAGACUCAGAGGGGCUUGCUCACUUGGCCAAAUUGCCUGACGCAACACAACUUGACUACCAGUGGCCAUUACGAAGAGUGCCGAUAGGGGAGCAAAUUGAUCACUUGGCAUAUUCAUCUUCCUCCAACACUUAUGUUCUUGGAACCUGCCAUAAAUCCGAAUUCAAGUUACCUGAUGAUGAUGAGUUACACCCAGAAUGGCGAAAUGAAGUGAUCUCAUUUCUCCCGGAAGUGCACCAAAGCUCUCUUAAAGUAGUUAGCCCGAAAACAUGGGGUGUGAUUGAUAGCUAUUCCCUUGGUCCUGCUGAACACGUCAUGGCAAUGAAGGCCAUGAGCUUGGAGGUAUCUGAGAAUACCCAUGAGCGUCGAGAUAUGAUCGUUGUAGGCACCUCAGUCGCUUGGGGCGAGGACAUACCCUCACGCGGCUGCGUGUAUGUUUUUGAAGUCAUUAAAGUGGUUUCUGACCCCGAUCACCCCGAGAUGGACCGUAAAUUGAAGCUUGUAGGGAAAGAAACGGUCAAAGGGGCAGUGACUGCGUUAUCUGAGAUCGGUGGUCAGGGAUUCCUAAUAGUUGCCCAAGGACAAAAAUGCAUGGUUAGAGGCCUUAAAGAAGAUGGAAGCCUUUUGCCUGUAGCAUUUAUGGAUAUGCAAUGCUACGUCAAUGUGGCCAAGGAGCUAAAGGGCACCGGACUGUGCAUUCUUGGAGAUGCAGUCAAGGGCAUCUGGUUUGCGGGUUAUUCGGAGGAACCUUAUAAAAUGAGCCUCUUUGCGAAGGAUCUUGAUUAUCUGGAGGUUUUGGCUGCAGACUUCCUCCCAGACGGAAAUAAGCUGUUUGUCAUUGUCGCCGAUAGCGACUGCAAUCUCCAUGUUCUCCAAUACGACCCUGAAGAUCCCAAAUCGUCCAAUGGCGACAAGUUCCUCAACCGCAGCAAAUUCCACACAGGCAAUUUUGCCUCGACUCUAACUCUCCUCCCACGCACUAUGGUCUCAUCCGAACACAUCAUGUCCGGCGCCGAUGAAAUGGACGUGGAUAACCAGGCUCCUCUGCACCAAGUACUGGUCACCUCUCAGAACGGAUCUAUUGGCCUGAUUACCUGCGUCCCAGAGGAAUCGUACCGCAGACUAUCCGCUCUACAAUCCCAACUGACAAACACCGUUCAGCACCCGUGUGGACUUAACCCAAGGGCCUACCGAGCGGUCGAAAGCGACGGUAGUGCCGGGAGAGGCAUGCUAGAUGGGAGCCUCCUGUUCCAAUGGCUGGACAUGAGCAAGCAGCGCAAGGUCGAGAUAGCAAGCAGGGUUGGGGCAAAUGAAUGGGAAAUCAAGGCUGACCUUGAGGUUGUCGGUGGGGGGGGGCUUGGAUACUUGUAG